GAGAAGCUGUCAACAUGUAUGACCAUGAUGUACCCACACACACUCUUCUCAAGAAGUACGAAACUCAAGAUUCUACCUUAAUUCCUUCCUUCCUACCUUUGAUCACACUCUCUCCUUAAAACCCAAUCUCCAUCUCCUCCCUUCAAUGAUCACACUGGCCACCACCGCUUCACUUUCUCCUUCCCUAAAACCUCCUAACUUAACUUCGCCACUCAUCAAACUAGAACCCUCUUUUUUCCACCACCACUGUAAAACCCCCAUCAAGAGGAAGAAGUUUAACAGGGGAAUAUGCAGGGCAGCGUUGUCAGACGACACCCCGUUUGCUGUUGCUAUCAGUGUGUGUAUGCUGAGCUCUUUGCUUUUACCAAACACAGCUACUAAGGAUGAGGAGGAGGAGAGUGAUUCGGGGAUUACUACUACUGAUACGAGAAUUGCUGUUAUGGGUAUCAUCAGUUUCAUUCCCUACUUUAAUUGGUUGAGUUGGGUUUUUGCUUGGCUUGAUACUGGGAAAAGGAGAUAUGCUAUUUAUUCUCUUGUUUACUUGGCCCCUUAUUUGAGAUCAAAUAUGUCUCUGUCUCCCGAGGAUAGCUGGCUGCCUAUUUGUAGCAUUAUUUUUGGAAUUGUUCAUGUUCAGCUAGAAGCAAGCAUAAAAAAUGGAGAUGUUCAGGGAUUUCAAUUAUUUAGCAAAGCAGCCAAGUUUCUUCCAUUGCCGGGAAAAAAGAAAGAUAUCAUUUUGAGGGAGCAUCAGGAACCAUUGGAGGAGGAGAGAGAAGGAGAACACAUGAAUCUGCCAUCUGCAGACAAGCAAUCAAGAAAUGAGCUUCGGCAGAGAGGAGUCCCAAGAAACCACCCAGAAAAUCAAGCGCACUCAAAUGGAGGUUGGGAUGAUGAUGAUGAGCAGAGGAAACAAUAGAACAACAGCUUCAUGGUUAAUGUGACUUGGUUAAAUAGAUGCUCUUUUGAUAGCAAUGCCAUGGUUCCUGUUCCUUCACAGCACACUACUUUGGAAACAUAUUUUGGCCUUAGAUAUGAGAUCAAAAGAUAGAGAUACUCCCAUGUUGAUGUUUUGAAUUAGGAAAGCAGAGGGACAAAAUUUGUUUUGCGACUUAAAUGACAAAUCGUUCCAAUAAUGAACAAAACACGGGCUGGAUGAUAUUGUCCCCAACUGAAA